UUACGAGCAUGCUUGAUCAUCUAUGUUCUGACAGCAACAGUUAUGGUUCCGCGUCAAUUCCAACUCAAAGCUAUGCUCACAACCCUGAAUGGUCGAGACAGUAUUAUAACUGCAGGCACUGGCAGUGGGAAGACACUGUGCAUCAUAAUUCCUAUCCUGCUUCGUCCAGGUACUGUGACCAUGACAAUUUCGCCACUCAAACAGCUC